AUGAGUACACCACAAAGUGAACACCAAUUAGUUGAUGAGAGGACCCUUUUGUUGCCCACAAGCCAAAAUGAAGAAGCUCAAGCUGGGUUUGGCAAACCCAGCAGAGGAGCUUCUUUUCAUGGGUCUGUGUUCAAUUUGUCCUGCACAGUUAUUGGUUCUGGAAUUAUGAGCCUGCCUGCUACCUUGAACAUAUUGGGGCUCAUCCCAGGGGUUGCUUUGAUCAUCAUAGCUGCAUUCUUAACAGAAGCAUCAAUUGAUUUUUUGCUGAGAUUCAGCAAGCCUGGUUCAGCAUUUUCUUAUGGUGAUGUCAUGGGCGAAGCCUUUGGAAAAGUUGGGAAGGUUUUGCUUCAGAGCUGUGUUAUAAUCAACAAUAUUGGUUCUCUUACUGUGUAUAUGAUCAUAAUAGAGGAUGUGCUUUCUGGCUCAACUUCAAAUGGAGUUCACCAUGCUGGUAUUUUGGAAGAAAGCUUAGGGGUACAUUGGUGGACUGGACGUGCUUUCGUUCUUAUUGUCCUUACUGUUGUCGUAAUUGUUCCAUUGAUAUGUUUUAAGCGCAUUGAUUCACUAAGGUUCACAUCAGCUAUAUCAAUUACGCUGGCAGUUGUUUUUCUUGUUGCUGUCAUCGUAAUCACAGUGUACAAAUUAAUACUGGGAAGCAUAGAGGCACCUGCAUUGUUUCCUAGUGUUACUGGUCUGACUUCCUUUCUAAAUCUCUUCACUGCAUUUCCUGUUGUGGUUUUUGCUUAUGUCUGCCACUACAAUGUUCAUAGCAUACAAAAUGAGCUUGAAGAUUCUCGAAGAAUGCCAGCCAUUGUGCAGACUACAGUUGCUCUCUGUGCCUUUGUGUAUGUGAUGACCGGCGUGUUCGGGUUCCUCCUGUUUGGUGAAUCAACUCUUUCUGACCUGCUCUCCAACUUUGACACAGACCUUGGCAUUCCAUACAGCUCUGUCUUCAACGAUAUAGUUCGUAUAAGUUACGCAGGCCAUAUCUUACUUGUAUAUCCCAUUAUUCUUUUUCCCCUGCGCCUUAACUUGGACGGCCUUCUCUUCCCCUCAGCCAGACCGCUGGCUUCGGACAACGUGAGGUUUUCGUUGUUCAGCUCAGGGAUCAUUGUCAUCACCCUCUUGGGUGCAAUAUUCAUACCAAGCAUAUGGGUGGCUUUUGAGUUCACUGGAGCAACUGUUGGAGCUUUGCUUGCAUUCAUCUUUCCUGCUUGCAUUGUUCUCAAGGACCCUCAUGGCAUAGCAUGGAAGAAGGACAAGAUUUUGUCUGUCUUCAUGAUCAUUGUUGCUGUAGUGUCAAGUGUGGUAGCCAUUUACAGUGAUGCAUAUUCAUUAUUGACAUAG